AUGCACAUGUUUGGAUACAAGGCUUUGGGGGAGAUGACCAUUAUUGGCAAAGCCCUCACUCGAUCAUUAUACGGUAUUGCUUCUGACACCAAGGUCUACACCUACUACGAGGGAUGUUCUGAUGGUGGAAGAGAGGGAUGGAGUCAAGUUCAACGCUGGGGUGAGGAGUACGAUGGUGUCAUUGUAGGAGCUCCUGCUUUUCGCUAUGCUCAGCAGCAAAUUAACCAUUUGACUUCAAACGUUAUUGAGCAGACACUUGGUUACUACCCACCACCGUGCGAGAUGAGCAAGAUUGUCAACCUCACAAUCACAGCUUGUGAUGCUCUGAUGGAAGAGCCGACGGUGUUGUGUCACGCACGGAUCUCUGCAAACUCAACUUCAAUCUCAACUCUACUAUCAGCGAGCCCUACUACUGUGCAGCAUCUAGCUCCAGCUCUCUUGGAUUUGCUUUCGGCCAACGUAAGAGGCAAGCCGAUAACUCCACCACAUCAAUAA